GGUAAAAUUUCUCAAAUGGUUCAUUGGGUUCAUCUUGUUAUUCUUCUAUUGGUAUGUUUCUCAUUAAGAUGUGAAUCAUGGGGAUGGUUUUCAUCAUCAUCCGAGGAAAGUUACUCUAAUGAAAAUUCUUAUGACAACAAAGGAAAUUUUAGAGGCUCAAGUGCUGAAUUCUCAAUUGAGCCAUUCAUUGACCCAAAGGGAAUAAAACUAAUAGAAAAUGCUAAGAAUAAAAUGGUUCGUUCAAAUUCAUGUUGGCAAAAUGCUUAUGAACAUCUUUUUGCUGGUUGUAAAGAGAUUUUGGCUGUUGAUGACAAAAGGUCAAGAUUUGCUUGGCAUUUAAGUGAUUGUUUUCAAAGAGAUUCUGGAAGGGCGUCUUUUCCCCAUUGUGACUCAAAAACAUCAAUUGCUUCAUGCUUAAAAGAGUUGGAUGAUCUUGCUCAUAAUGUUUACCUUGAAUUCUACCUUGAAACCAACUCCAUUUGUUACCAAUUACAGACACAUGCAUUCAAACAUGAAACAGAGAGACUUGUGACUGAACUAAAAAAUUCUGCUCAAUAUGUUGAGGACAAAUUAGACAGCAUUGAAGAGAAAUCACAACAUCUAUUACAAGACUCAAAACAUAUAUCAGAUUCUCUUGAAACAGUUACUAGUCACACACAACUAGUAGCUCAAACAGUUAAGAAUGUAGAAGGUCACAUUGAUGUAGUAUUAAGACAUUCCCAAAGUGUUUAUGAGCAAACUACACAAAUUGCAGCAUCACAAUCACAGCUAAAAGAAGGACAAGAGGUCAUGAAGAGGAAUUUAGAGGAUGGUGUAGCAUUGCUCAAAGAAUCUUAUAACUAUUUGGGAAAAGAAAUUGAGAAGUUGAGAGAUGAGGCUAUUGAGAUUGAGAAUGAGGUUAUUAAAGUUGGAGAUGCUAUGUCAUCAAAGAUGAAUACUUUGCAAAGUAAAGCUGAAGAUAUUGGGAAUAUGGCUGGGAUUUCUUUGGAUAAACAACAACUACUUUUAGAUGGACAAUCCACAGCACUUAGAGGAUUGGAUUCAUUGAAUGAGGUUCAAUUCAAAGCACUAGAAGAAAGCAGGAAAAGUCUCCAAUAUUUUGUUGAAUAUGGACAGAGACAACAAGAGGAGAUUCGGCGACGAGAGGAAGAGAUGAAAGCACUUCACCUUCAAUUUGCUGAAUAUGGACAUCAACAACAAGAGGAGCUUCGGCGACGAGGGGAAGAGAUCCAAGUACUUCACCUUCGAUUUGCUGAAUAUGGAGAAAAACAACAAGAGGAGCUUCGGCGACGAGAGGAAGAGAUCAAAGCACUUCACCUUCGAUUUGCUGAAUAUGGAGAUAAACAACAAGAGGCGCUUCUGCGACGAGAGGAAGAGAUCCAAGGACUUCACCUUCGAUUUGCUGAAUAUGGAGAUAAACAACAAGAGGCGCUUCUGCGACGAGAGGAAGAGAUCCAAGGACUUCACCUUCGAUUUGCUGAAUAUGGAGAUAAACAACAAGAGGCGCUUCUGCGACGAGAGGAAGAGAUCGAAGCGCUUCACCUUCGAUUUGCUGAAUAUGGACAUAUACAUCAAGAGGCGCUUCUGCGACGAGAGGAAGAGAUCGAAGCGCUUCACCUUCGAUUUGCUGAAUAUGGACAUAAACAUCAAGAGGCGCUUCUGCGACGAGAGGAAGAGAUCGAAGGACUUCACCUUCAAUUUGCUGAAUAUGGACAUAAACAAGAAGAGGAGCGUCGGCGACGAGAGGAAGAGAUCAAAGCAUUUCACCUUCAAUUUGCUGAAUAUGGACAUAAACAACAAGAGGCGCUUCUGCGACGAGAGGAAGAGAUCGAAGCGCUUCACCUUCGAUUUGCUGAAUAUGGACAUAAACAAGAAGAGGAGCGUCGGCGACGAGAGGAAGAGAUCAAAGCAUUUCACCUUCAAUUUGCUGAAUAUGGACAUAAACAACAAGAGGCGCUUCUGCGACGAGAGGAAGAGAUCGAAGGACUUCACCUUCGAUUUGCUGAAUAUGGACAUAAACAUCAAGAGGCGCUUCUGCGACGAGAGGAAGAGAUCCAAGGACUUCACCUUCGAUUUGCUGAAUAUGGACAUAAACAAGAAGAGGAGCGUCGGCGACGAGAGGAAGAGAUCAAAGCACUUCACCUUCAAUUUGCUGAAUAUGGACAUAAACAACAAGAGGCGCUUCUGCGACGAGAGGAAGAGAUCGAAGGACUUCACCUUCGAUUUGCUGAAUAUGGACAUAAACAUCAAGAGGCGCUUCUGCGACGAGAGGAAGAGAUCCAAGGACUUCACCUUCGAUUUGCUGAAUAUGGACAAAAACAAGAAGAGGAGCGUCGGCGACGAGAGGAAGAGAUCAAAGCACUUCACCUUCAAUUUGCUGAAUAUGGACAUAAACAACAAGAGGAGCAUCGGCGACGAGAGGAAGAGAUCCAAGGACUUCACCUUCAAUUUGCUGAAUAUGGACAUAAACAACAAGAGGAGCUUCGGCGACGAGAGGAAGAGAUCCAAGGACUUCACCAUCGAUUAAUAGAAAAUUCAAAAACAAUAUUGACAGCUCAGGAAUCUUUUGAAGCAAAGCAAGCUACUAUGUUUGUUGCAUUGAAUAAACUUUUUACUUUGCAAAAUGCUAUGUUGCUUGAAUCAAGAGUCAUCAAAGCUUUCUUCAUUUAUGCCAUCGCAAUCUUUGUCAUCUUUAUGUUGACUAGCACAAAACAAACCUACAAUGUGAGGCCCUUUCUUUACAUAGAGCUUUGUGCUACUCUCUUUGUGGAAGUUUUCAUUAUUCGUUUAACUGGUGAUAACAUGGAGCAACAGACAUGGAUAAUAAACAAGGUCCGGUUAUUUUUUAUGGGAGUUGCUUCAGUUCAACUUUUGCAUGCAAUUUUCAAAUUCAGGGACUAUGAAAGGUUGAACCAUCAAAUGUUGCUAACACUAGUCAACAAGGUUAACAACCUGGAAAAGAUAAAUGAGUCAUCUUGGGACUUAGAAACUACUGAUUAUGAAGAUUGGUCUCAAUGGAUAGAUGCAGAUUUACCUGAUGAUGUGAAUUGCCUUGAUGAUCCUGAUUUUAUAAUUCCAGAAGAAGGUUCAGAGAAUUCAAUCACAACCACUUCAAUUACAAAAAAUUAUAAUCUACGCUUGCGCAAUCGACAUUAAUCUUUCCACUACCACAAAUAUUUAAGUCAUCUAUGUACAAUACUUACUCUAAUUGUUUUCGUUAAUUUAUUUUAUGGAUUAUAUAUGAAUUUCUCUUUGGAAAUUUUUGUAUAAUUAAUGCGGUUAAAUUUGAAUUAUUUCAAUGAGUUUUGCACCAAUA